AUGCCGUCGACCGGCUGGUACACCAUCGGCAUCGCGUCGUUUGCAUCGAUUGGCACGUUCUUAUACGGCUAUGAUACGGGUAUUGUUACUACGACAAUUGCCCAUGCCAGUUGGGCGGCUUACAUGGGCAACCCAUCUUCUGCUCUUACGGGAGCUGUUGGCGCCAUCUACAUAGCUGGCGAAGCAGUCGGUGCCUUAUCGCAAAUCUUAGUUGCCGACAAACUUGGACGAAUUCGCUUCAUGCAACUUGCAGCCGUUAUUGUAACGAUUGGGGCCAUCUUGCAGACCGCAUCAGUCAAUAUUGGCAUGUUUCUUGCAGGGCGAGUUAUCUCGGGAGUUGCCGUCGGAGCAUUGAGCGGUACUGUGCCUGUCUACCUCUCAGAGAUCGCACCCCCCAAAAACCGAGGACUUAUCGGCGGUCUCUCUGGUGUCGGCCUUUCAUCCGGCAUAAUGCUUGCAAACUGGGUCGGCUAUGCCUGUGGUUAUGCUCCGUAUGGUGCAGUCCAGUGGCGUCUCCCAUUGGGUCUCCAGCUGCCCUGGGGCAUUAUCUUGUUCAUCGGCUUGGCUACCUUCAUGCCCAACUCCCCGCGUGAAAUGAUUCAUAAGGGCAAGAUCCAGGAAGCCCGACAAGAGUUUGCGAGAAUUCGAAGCGAUUUACAUUCCCAGGAGCUACAUGAAGAAUUCGGACUUAUGCGAAGGCAAAUCGAAUAUGAGCGGUCGCGGGAACUCACCUCGUUUCGUGAGAUCUUCAAGCUAUAUCGGCAUCGCGUCUUGGUGUCUGUCAGUGUGCAGGUUUUAACGACUGUAACGGGCGUCAAUGUCAUUCAGUACUACCAAACAAUUCUCUAUAAGUCGUUGGGCAUUAAUUCCCAAACUAUCCUCGCGCUCACCGCGGCCUGGGGAACAUGUGCCUUCAUCUCCAACGCCAUCGCUGUCAACUUUCUUCCAGAUAAACUAGGCCGUCGCAAAAUGCUUCUCUUCGGGCUGACUUGUGUCAUUGUCACCGAGAUCUAUGCCGCUAUUAUGCAACUCAAAUUCCAGAACACGGAUAACCGCGUUGGCAAGGGAUUUGCCAUUCUAGGAAUCUUUUUGUUUGUUAUCUUUCCUCUCGUCAAAGAAAACAUGACUGCAAGUUCGAAGAACGAAACGAAUAGUGCCAAUGGCAAGGCGAACAACUUGAAAACGAACCGUGCCAAGGUUAUCGUGGAUGCUGCGUACGAGGGAGGAUACGCAAUCCCGGCCGUCUGUUGCUACAACCUCGAGGCUGUAGUGGCUACAGUUCGAGCAGCCGAAGCCAAGCGCUCGCCAGCGCUCAUACAGCUCUUCCCAUGGUCAAUCGAAUACGCAGAUGCGCUUCUUUUGCACGCAGCGGCCGAGGCAGCGGAUAAGGCGAAUGUGCCAAUUGGGGUGCACAUGGACCACGCGCAAGACCCUGAAAUCAUCCGGCGAGCGGCAGACUUGGGCGGAUUUGACGGUAUUAUGGUAGAUAUGAGUCACUACGGGCGUGACGAGAACAUGCGCCUGAGCAAAGAGCUGGUUGAAUACUGCAAUGCUCGCGGCAUCAUUACCGAGUGCGAGCCGGGUCGCAUCAACGGCACCGAAGAUGGCAUCCAGGAUACAGAGGACUUGGAGGAGAUUUUGACAACACCAGAGCAAGCCGAAGAGUUUGUAGCUCUAGGGAUUGAUUGGCUAGCGCCAGCCUUCGGUAAUGUCCAUGGCGCAUAUGGACCCAAAGGACCUCAACUCGACUUCCCACGACUGGAGCGCAUUGCCGCUCACGUAGGCUCACGAGUGCGGCUAGUUCUACACGGAGCACACGAGAAAUACUUUCAGGCUGAGCUUCUCUCCAAAUGCAUCUCAUACGGCAUGGCGAAAGUGAACAUUAAUGGGCCAGUAGCUGCGGCUUAUAUGGAAGUCGGUGCUAGGUUGAUAGGCAAGGAGCCGCUGACAACGGUCAUGGAGGAGCAGACAAAAGCCAUGCAAAAGGUGAUUGAAGACCACAUGGACUGGCUCAAGUCAGCCGGCAAGGCGUGA